AUGUUCCACUUUUCAUCACUUCCUGUCCUUCUGUGUGUGAUGACAGUGUCCUGCUCAGAAAUAAAAUCCUAUGAAGAUGCCCAGAAGACCUGUUAAGUGAUUACCUGUGGCAUCCCCGUCACCAAUGGGUCUCCAGGCAGAGAUGGGCGAGAUGGACCCAAAGGAGAGAAAGGAGAACCAGGGCAAGGGCCCAGAGGCUUGCAGGACCUUCCAGGGAAAAUGGGGCCUCCAGGAAUUCCAGGACCUCCUGGAUUAGCAGGACUAAAGGGACAAAAAGGAGAUCAUGGAGGCAGUUCAGUUGCUGAGACUACGCUGGCUGACGUAGAGAGAGAGAUAAGGCACCUGAAGUCACAACUGUACCACAUGAAAAAAAUACAAACAUUCUCCUUGGGCAAAAGAUCUGGAAAGAAGCUCUAUGUGACCAAUGGUGAAAAAAUGCCUUUUUCCAAGGUGAAGGCUCUGUGCACUGAGCUUCAGGCCACCGUGGCAACCCCCAAGAGUGCUGAGGAAAACAAGGCCAUCCAGCAUGUGGCUGAGGACAGUGCCUUCCUGGGCAUCACAGAUGAAGUGACCGAAGGCCAGUUUGUGUAUAUGACAGGAGGGGGACUGACCUACAGCAACUGGAAGAAAGAUGAGCCAAACGACUAUGGCUCAGGGGAGGACUGUGUGGCCCUUCGAACAGACAGACUAUGGAAUGAUGUCUCCUGCCCUUCCUCCUACCUGGCUGUCUGAAUUCCCAGCCUGAAGAGGCAUACCUCAACCCAUCCUUGGCCCUCUGCAGAGCUUUCUGCUGCUCUACAAGAGAAUUCAGUGAUGGUUUUCUCA